AUGGAGCCCUUUCUCGCAGAUUCGGCAUCGUCCGUCGAGGCCAGCCAGUCCAGCCUGACUCGGGUCACCUAUCUAGGAGGCAUACUGAUGCCUUUCUCUGUCGUGGCCGCCGUCUUGUCCAUGGAAUCUCCGUUUGGGCCGGGAAACAAGCUUUUCUGGGUGUUCUGGACCGCCAGCAUUGCACUUAUGACUCUCACCCUGAUUGCCAUAUACGCUGACGACAUCCGCCGGCUCGAGGUUUGGGUGGAGGUUGCGGCCGACAACCUGCAAGAGGCCAUUGGCACAGAUGAGAGCGUCCACGUGGGUACCGGCGCUUCGUCUCGGCCGGCAUCCGCAGAAAAGGUUCCUGCCGGUCGGCAUAUGGGGGUCAGAGGCCCCCAAAACACAGACGGCCUCAACGACUGCGUCGUGACCCGCGUCCGCGUGGCCACUGGCAAUUCCAAGCCCGACCGCGGCUUUCUGCCAUUUCACAAGCUGUCUGAGGUCACAGCGGAGCCGAACAGAACGACCGGAGCAUCUGCAGACGCCUCGACGUCUGUUGUUGUCGAUGACGAUGUGCAGGAGAUCGUGAUCGAGAUGGUGAGCGCACACAGACGACGCCGGUUUCGUAUCGUCGAUCCUCUGGGCGGCGACGGCAGGCGGCCGUCUGCAGAACCAUCGGUGCCGGCUGGUCUUGGCGCUGCGGACGCAGAAGAGAGUGUCGUCAUUGAUAUGCGCGAGGGUGGUCACAGCUCUAGCCCGCCCCAGCCUCUGUCUCCGUACAGUCACUACGGUGCGAGACUACAACACAUUCCCCGACCGCCGGGUCCACCCAGCUAUGUCUUGGAGCGACCAGUGGACGGCUCUCAGCCCAAGGCGUGGCGACGGCAACAGCUCGGCUGGCUAGGCGCGGCCAGGACUAUUGAAAUGGUUGAGGCUGGCUUGAUCGAAGAUGGGGAUGAGCGAAGGUGCUUUUCGAGGCUGUCAAAAGGAGUUCUUCCCGUCCUGGCACUUCUAUUCCUAUGUUCCUUUCUCGACCGCACCAAUGUCGGCAAUGCAAAGAUCCUCGGCCUCGAGACUGACCUCGGGCUUACAAACCUGCAGUACAACCAGGGUCUCGCUGUGUUCUACGUGACCUACAUUGUCAGUGAGCUGCCGAGCAAUCUCGUGCUGAAAAGGACCACGCCCAAGGUGUGGCUGCCGUUGUUGGCCGUUGCAUGGGGCAUUCUGGCCAUGUGUCUGGGCUUUGUUCGCAGCUAUGGAAGCUUCAUGGCGGUGCGUGCCCUUCUGGGCCUUGCUGAGGGUGGGCUGCUGCCCGGUAUGGUGCUAUAUCUCUCGGGUCUGUACACGCGGUCCGAGAUGGCACUGCGCAUCGGCAUCUUCUAUACGGCUGCGUCACUGUCGGGUGCUUUUGGUGGACUCCUCGCCCGCGGUCUGUCAGCGAUUGGACCACGAGGUGGCCUUGAGGGCUGGAGAUGGAUCUUUAUUGUCGAGGGCCUUAUGACAGUUGUCGCGGGCGCCGUUGCCUUUCUCUUGCUGCCGAGUAGCCUCGCCAAUGCAAAGUAUCUCACGGUCGAAGAACGGGCGGUUGCCGUGUCCAGGCUCGAGGCACAGGUCGUGACAGCAGGUGGCGAGCGUUUCAAUGAUCAGGUUCAGCUGACCGGAAGUGUGGCGCUGGAACGUGAAGAACGGUUUCGCUGGUCCGAGGUGCGUCGCGGCGUGUUCAACAUGCAGCUGUGGCUCACAGCGACGGCCUAUUUUGCCAUUCUCUCGGGCCUGUACUCCUUUGGCCUCUUUCUUCCGACAAUCAUCAACAAUCUGCACAUCACGUCCAGUGCAAAUCAGACACAAUUAUGGACAGUAAUUCCCUAUGCAGUGGCUACACCCAUCACGGUCCUCGUGGCAUUUAUCUCAGAUCGUGUCAAGCUCCGUGGAGUCAUUAUGUUGUUCACUCUCCCAAUCGCCAUCACAGGAUAUGCUGUCAUCGCCAACGUGGAGUCUACCCAGGUGCGAUUCGGCAUGACGUGCUUGGUGGCCAUUGGGAUGUAUAGCAGUGUGCCGUGUGUUCUGGGCUGGAACUCGAACAACUCGGCCGGCCACUACAAGAGGGCAACCACGUCGGCGUUGCAGCUGGCCAUUGCCAAUGCCGGCGGCUUUGUUGCAACAUUUGUGUACCCCAACCGCGAUGCGCCGCUGUAUCACCGUGGACACACGAUCAUUCUAAGUCUUCUUGUGUAUGCAUGGUUUGCUGUGCUGGCAAAUGUUCUACACUGCAUGAAGAUCAACAAGGACAAGCGAGAGGGGAAGUACGGCGAGUUUGAGGGAUCGGGAGACGACCGAGAUCCUGCUUUUGAGAUGGUAUUCCGCGUGCGACAGACGAUGGAUGCCGAUGCGACGGAGAUGAUGGGCUCGCUGCCGGCGGGAUCGUCGGGGCUGCCAUCGCACGAAGACCUGUCGCCGAUGGAGCAGGCAGUGUUGGAAGAGUACGAGCGUCUGGCCGAGAACAUGAAGCGGCUGGCUGCCGUGCUGGACGAUCUCGCUGGCCGGCCGACGACAGAGACACUUGACGGACUGCGCGAGCUCGAGCGCAAGACCAGUCUGGUCUUCACGCUGCUCAAGGCAAGCGUCUACAGCAUUGUGCUGCAGCACCAGAUUGACGAGGGGACUUAG